AGGAGUGGCACUUUUUAAAAGUGGAGCCUCAGGCCAGCCCCUAGCCGCCGCGAGUCUCAGUCGGUUGCCGGUCCCUUCUGUCCCAGUCGCGCGUGCCUCUUGUCCCACGCAAGUCCAGCUUGCAUCAUGCCGGUCAAAGGGGGUAGCAAGUGCAUCAAAUACCUGCUCUUCGGAUUUAACUUCAUCUUCUGGCUCGCCGGCAUUGCGGUGCUUGCCAUCGGACUCUGGCUCCGAUUCGACUCUCAGACCAAGAGCAUCUUUGAGCAAGAAAGUAAUCAUUCCAGUUUCUACACAGGAGUGUACAUUCUGAUUGGAGCUGGGGCCCUCAUGAUGCUAGUGGGUUUCCUGGGCUGCUGUGGAGCUGUACAAGAGUCCCAGUGCAUGCUGGGGUUGUUCUUCGGAUUCCUCCUGGUGAUAUUCGCCAUUGAGAUAGCUGCAGCUGUCUGGGGCUAUACUCACAAGGAUGAGGUGAUUAAGGAAGUCCAGGAAUUUUACAAAGACACCUACCACAAGUUGAGGAACAAGGACGAGCCCCAGCGGGAGACACUCAAAGCCAUCCAUAUGGCGCUGAACUGCUGUGGUAUAGGUGGUGCUAUGGAGAACUUUCUAACGGACAUCUGCCCCAAAAAGGACUUUAUGGAAACCAUCCAGGUUAAGCCCUGCCCGGAAGUCAUCAAUGAGGUCUUCAACAACAAGUUCCACAUCAUUGGAGCAGUGGGCAUCGGCAUCGCCGUGGUGAUGAUCUUCGGCAUGAUUUUCAGCAUGAUCCUGUGCUGCGCCAUCCGCAGGAGCCGAGAAAUGGUCUAGAGUCCGCCCCCACCCCGAGCAGGAACGGUGGCCCUGAAGACCGUCUGGGCCGUUUGUUGUUUUUGUUUUGGUUUGUUUUUUUUUUUUUUUUUUUUUUUUUGCCACUAAUAUUAGUAUUCAUUAUGCAUUUCUAAACAACAGUUAUUCUGUGUUCAUCUUUUUAAUGCUUUAUUCAUUAUUGACAUUUGUAGUUGAGGGAAUCUGGGGAUUCAGUUUGCUUUCUUUUUUUUUUUUUUUUUUUUGUUGUUGUUGUUUAUUUUUUGCUUGUUAUGUUAAGCAAAAAUCCUGCAAUGAAAGGUACUAUAUUUGCCAGACUCUAGACAGAAGAUGUUGUACAUAAAGAGAAUUUUUUUCCUUUAAAUAGAUAAAAGUAUCUAUCAGAUUUAAUCAGGUUGUAAGUUAUAUUGAAGACAAUUUGAUACAUAAUAAAAGAUUAUAACAAUA